GUCCAUAAAAGUCGAAUAAUCAGGUCUCGCCUCCUCCUUGCCCUUUUGCCUCUUUACCAGCGACGCUUCCCACCCAGCUCAAACCCUAGCAGCCGAACGGAGCCCUCUUCCUGGUUGACAACCAAACCUCUGUUCUCACCCACGCUAAAGCCCCUGCUUCAUCCACCUCUGUGAGUCUCACAGAGAGAGAGAGAGAGAGAGAGAGAGAGAGAGAGAGUCGUGCGCUGCAAUGGAAGACCAUCCCUCGACACGACAACUCAAGCGAGCUGAACCCACCCAAGCUGCUUCGACUCCGACCAUGUCGAAGCGACCAAGACCUGACGUCCUCGAAGAAAGGUCUGAUUUACAGCCCGAGCGCGUGAGCGAAUCGCCUCUUCUUCUUCCCUCUUCGGACUCAUCGGAGAAGAUCCACGUGCCGUUGGCGUACGGAGCGAAUUCUGACCCAUCUGCUUCGUCCACCUCUGCGAUAGGAAACAAUUACUACGUAUUCCUGAGCUUUAGAGGUUCCGAUACUCGCAGAACCUUCACCGAUCACCUCUACCAUAGACUCGUAGAAGUGGGCCUGCACCGUCCAAACUUCGUGUUCAGAGAUGAUGAGAACCUCCGCUAUGGUGAGCCAAUUGCUGAUAAUCUUCUCAGUGCAAUUGAGCACUCUAAGGUUUCAAUCCCAAUCAUCUCAGAAAAUUAUGCUGCUAGCGAAUGGUGCCUCCGCGAACUCGUUCAUAUUAUGGAGUGCAAGGAAAGCAGAGGACAAAUAGUCCUGCCCGUGCUUUACGGAGUGGAACCCAAGGAUGUGAAACACAUGCUGGGAAAAUUUGGAAAGGCCUUCAAUGACAGAAUGCAUCGUUUUGAGGAGGAUGUCAAGCAACGAGGACCGGAAGCGCUCAGAAAAGCAGUUGAUUCUAGAGUAUUUGAAUCAGGGAAAUUUGCUGAUGGGCAUGAAGCGGAAUUAGUAAAUAAACUCGUAGAAAUAAUAAUGCGAGACCAGCAACAUGAUUUUCAACCAUGUCUUCCUGCGAACUUGGUUGGAAUUGAUGAUCGUGUGGCUGAGGUUAUGAAAUUGAUGGAUACUGAUCGUCCAGACACUCGUAUUAUUGGGAUUUAUGGGAUCGGCGGCAUUGGUAAGACAACUCUGGCUACGAUUAUCUAUAACAAACUUUUUAACAAAUUCGAGUGUCGGAGCUUUCUCAAGGAUGUUAGAGAAACAAUUAAUGGCAAAGGUAUCGAGCAUGUGCAAUCUCGAUUGAUCUCAGAUGUAUUAAAACUUCAUGACUAUCAAGUGCCGAAUUAUGAUAUAGGAAUAAAUACGAUCCGAUCCCGUUGCACAGAAAAGAAGGUACUUAUUCUUAUUGAUGAUGUGGAUUGUCAAGACCAUCUCGAUAAAUUGAUUGGAGGUUGUAGUUUCAUGUCAGGAAGUAGGAUCAUUGUUACAAGUCGAGAUAAGGCCCUCUUGAAGUCUGAAUAUAAGUAUGAACUCAAAGAACUGAAUCGCAAAGACUCUUUGCUUCUAUUUAGUAGAUAUGCAUUUGAAGGGGAACAACCUUCCAAAGAACUCGCGACUAUCUGUACUGAUAUUGUUGCCACCACAGGAGGGCUUCCCUUAGCUCUCAUGGUUAUAGGUUCACUCCUCAAAGGAGAAGAAGAUGAAAGAAAAUGGAGAGAAAUGCUAAAGAAAUUCACAAAGGCACCUGAUAUGACAGUACAACAAAAGUUGAGGAUAAGUUAUGAUGCGUUAGAAUCUAAUGAACAACGAAUCUUUCUUGACAUAGCAUGUUUUUUCAUUGGACUUGAUAAAAGAUUCGCCAUCUACAUGUGGGAUGAUCUUGAAUUAUAUCCGCUAUCUGCAUUGGCAAAAAUGACUCAGCGUAUGUUAAUAAAGUGCAAUGACAACAAUGAGUUCAUAAUGCAUGAUCAAUUAAGAGAUCUAGGUAGAGUUAUCGCCCGUCCAGUAGAUAAGAAGCCGAGGAAAUGCAGCAGGCUAUGGGACGAGGAAGCCAUGAAAGUUCUAGAUCGCAAGGUAACAAUUAUGUCUCCUUUUGGCCUCUCCCAUGUUCUCUAAUGUUAGUCCCUCAAAUCAUUAUUGUUAUUUUUCUUUUUCUCUAUGUCUUUGACCAUUCUAAACAUGUUGUUAGCAUUUUCUUGGUAAAAGCUACACCCAAUUUCGGCCUUUAGUCCAUGAAAAGUUUGCAUUCGUGAUUAUGAGGCUCAUAAAAGAGCUAUUAAAA